AUGGCUGCGCUUUGCGGAAACUGCUCCUCUUUUGCUUCUCCCAUGUCGCGCCUCAACCCCGCAAAUCAGCUGCCUCUUAACCCUCCUCUUUCGCACCGCCCAUGGAGGAAUAUGGGCAAACCCACUGAUUUUACACUGCCUGCUGCUUUGUCGUUGACCUCAUCGCCCCUCCAUGGUUUUAGAUUUGGAACGGAGAAGAGGAGGAGUGAUACAUUGUUGCAGACAUUAGCUGUUCGACAUCUGACCGGCUCGCUUGUGUCAGCCGAGGGUCUCCGUUUUGCGAUUGUUGUGGCACGCUUCAACGAGAUCAUUACCAGACCACUGCUGGAUGGAGCUCUGGAUACUUUCAAGAGAUAUUCAGUUAAAGAAGAAGAUAUUGAUGUUGUUUGGGUGCCUGGUAGCUUUGAGAUAGGUGUGGUUGCCGAGAAACUUGGGAAAUCACGAAAAUAUCAAGCCAUUUUGUGCAUUGGAGCUGUGAUUAGAGGAGAUACAACCCAUUAUGAUGCUGUAGCUAAUUCGGCUGCGUCUGGAGUACUGUCAGCUGGUCUAAAUUCAGGUGUCCCUUGCAUAUUUGGUGUACUUACGUGUGAUGACAUGGAGCAGGCCAUAAAUCGAGCCGGUGGCAAAUCGGGAAAUAAAGGCGCUGAAGCAGCUCUGACAGCUAUUGAGAUGGCAUCUCUAUUUGAGCAUCACCUCAAGAAUUAA